AUGAAACUGCUCUCCUGGCUGGCAUCAGCCCUCUGCUGGUGUCAGCUAUCCCGCCACGCCGCCGCCAAGGCCUCGACCCCUUCCGACCUGUGCCUACCGUCAUGCCAAAACUUCGUCAGGGGAUUGCCCUUUCGCGACUCGGAGAGCAGUCCGGCCGCAACCCCGCAGCUCUGCGUCAGCAGGUUGGCGAUAAUCUCCGUGUAUCUCUGUCUGGAAAUCUACUGCGACAAGGCCGCCUCCGAGCCGGAACUGGCCAUCCUGAACGACACGUGCGUUGCGGCCGGCGGAGCGGGAAUCCCACCGCUGUCCAUCAUUUCCAACUACACGGCUGGGGAUAUCGAGCGCCUCCAGCACGUGGACGUCGGUGACGAGAUUCCCCGGGGGCAGCCGCUCACGGAACCCGCCGUGCCUUCGUUUGCACUGUACAAAUCAUGGCUCGAUACACUGGACGCAGUGGGAUACGUAAACCGCCAACAUUACGCAUACGGCACUGCCAUGAUUCUGUUCUGGCUUGCCGUCGUGGCUUUCGGCGCCAUGGCCAGAAUCACCUCGCUUGCCCUGCGCUGCCUCGGCAACAGCUCGCGGAGAUGCACGCCGAACUCAUGGCUGAAGCGUCACCUUGUCCUCCCCGCUACGUUUGGCUACAAGUCCGCCACAGCAGCGCGGUUGGGGACCAUCCCCCCGCGCAUACAGACUCUGACGCUGCUGGCCUUUGCGCUGAUCAACCUCUUCUUCAGCAUGCAUGGAUACAGGAUUGUCCCCGUCAACUUGUAUUUUCCAACUCGGACGAGGCAGAUCCUUCGCUACGUGUCGGAUAGGACGGGCAUCAUCUCGUUUGCGAACUUCCCCAUUGUGUGGCUCUUUGGCAUGCGGAACAAUGUUGCCAUCUGGCUGACUGGCUGGGACUUUGGCACGUACAACAACUUUCACAGGUGGGUGGCGAGGAUCUCAACGGCGCAGGCGGUCGUGCACUCGAUUGGCUACACGGUGCUCGUCUUCCAUGACGGAGGAUGGGAAUAUUACGUGGCCUGGUGGACUCACCAAAUGUACUGGGUCGCGGGUCAAGUGGCUACUGUGGCCAUGUGCGCGUUGGUAGCAUGCUCCAUCUACUGGCUGCGACGGCGCAGAUACGAGCUAUUCUUGGUCACUCACAUCUGCCUGUCCAUCAUUGUCCUCGUCGCCAUGCUAGGCCAUGUCUCCAUAUUCAACGGCGAAUACGACGCCCUGUUCUGGGUCCCGGUGGUAAUCUGGCUCUGUGACCGGGCCCUCCGCGUGCUGCGAAUCGUCUUGUUCAACCCAGGCGUGACACCCACCACCGCAGCAGCCACGUACAACCCAGCCACCAACAUGGUGCGACUGGAGAUCCCUUGCCGCUCCCGCGCGCUCAAAAUCAAACCCGGCACGCACUUCUACCUCUCGCUCCUCGACCACGGGCGGGCUUGGGAAAGCCACCCGUUCACGGUGGCUUCCGUCACGAGCCCUGGCGCAAAGACACCGUGCGAGCAGCUGCCGCUCCUCGACACGGACCGCGCCGAGGCAGAGGAGCAGGACCGCGGCGGCGGCGCCGGCGGAGCGGAACGGCGCGCAAGGCUCGUCACGUUUCUCAUCCGGCCCUUUGACGGCUUCACAGCCCGUCUGGGGCAGCUGGCCGCGGCGGAGUGGCCGCGGCCGGCCUCGCUGCGCGUAACGGUGGACGGGCCGUACGGGCACGGCCUGCCGCUGCACCUGUUCGACCGGGUCGUCUUCGUCGUCGGGGGGAGCGGCGUCGUCGUGCCGCUGUCGUACAUGAAGGCGCUCGCCGAGGCCGGCGGGACCAGGUCGGUGCAGCUUCACUGGGCGGUUCGGGAGGCCGCCUUUGCGGCCGAGCUGGUGUCCGCCGACAUGGCCGAGGCUGCGGCGCAGACCAGCUUUGACUUUUCCGUCGACCUGUAUCUCUCGGCGGAGACGGCAGGCGGCGCCGCGGGGGGCACGGACACGCCUAUGCCUGGUCGGGUGGCGCGGCACUGCGGACGACCAGGUGUGCGGGAGAUUGUCCUGUCUGCCAGCGAGGCUGCCGGCAGCCUGGCCGUGGUGGUUUGCGGGCCCGCACAGAUGGCGGAUGAUGCUCGAAGCGCCGUGGUACAGGCACUGGGCAGAGAUGACUGUUUAUGCCAUGUAGACUAUUUCGAAGAGAAAUUCAGAUGGUGA